GCUGAGUGGGCGGGAGCAUCUCGCCCGAGGCUGUUAGGGCCCCGGCUCGCCAAGGACAGGAAAAUGGCGGCCCUGGGGUCCCCGGCGCGCACUCUGCGAGGCCUCCUGCGGGAGCUGCGCUUCCUGAACGCGGCCACCGGGCGACCAUAUCGCGACACAGCAGCCUACCGGUACCUUGUUAAGGCUUUCCGAGCACAUCGGGUCACCAGUGAGAAGCUGUGCAGAGCCCAACACGAACUUCACUUCCAGGCUGCCACCUAUCUCUGCCUCUUGCGCAGCAUCCGGCAACAUGUAGCCCUUCAUCAGGAAUUUCAUGGCAAGGGUGAGCGCUCAGUGGAGGAGUCUGCUGGUUUGGUGGGCCUCCAGUUGCCCCGUCAGCCAGGAGGAAAAGGCUGGGAGCCAUGAUGCAGAGUCCUCAGCUAUUCCUUCAUUCAAGAAUUUAACCAUUUCUACCAAUAUGUAUUUAUCAUUAAAUCUUUUGUAAAGUAUA